CAAAAUUGAAUUUCGCUACCUUAUCUCUCCUAUAUAUGAUAAAUGAUAGUAUCAUCACCAAUAUCUCUCAUCACAGAGGAUUACAUAAGAAAUGGCUUCUUCGUUUAACGUCAUCGACAUGUCACGAAUCACCCCUGCUGACUCGUCCGUGUCACUCACUCUCCCGCUCACUUUCUUCGAUCUUCUCUGGUACAAAUUUCACCCCGUCGAACGAGUCAUCUUCUACCGAUCCACCGAUGCAACUCGUCCUUUCUUUGACUCAUCCAUAGUCCCCAAUCUCAAGUCCUCUCUCUCCUCAUCCCUCUCUCACUACCUCCCACUCGCCGGAAAACUAGUCUGGGACUCACUCGGCAAGAAACCAAGCCUCGUCUACUCCCCAAAUGACGCCGUUUUAUUCACCGUCGCCGAGUCCAGCGCUGAUUUCUCACUAUUAACCGGACAGAAACGUUUCCCCGCCGCUGAGUUGUACCCGUUGGUGCCCGAGUUACAAAACUCCGACGACUCGGCCUCAGCCGUGUCGUUUCAAGUCACGCUGUUUCCAAACCGAGGGUUCAGCAUCGGCGUAAGCGCACACCAUGCCGUUCUUGAUGGGAAAACGACAACCAUGUUUCUCAAAUUCUGGGCCGACACAUGCAAACGCCGACAAGACCAGACUGUAAACACUUCCUUACCGCAGGAUCUAAUCCCCCUUUACGAUCGUACGGUCAUAAAAGAUCCAAAGGAUAUCGAAACAGAGGUGAUGAACCUUUGGAGCUCUUUACUCAAAGCUUUCUCCGGCGGCAAAGAACCAGACAACCCCAAGAGCUUAAAGAUUCUUCCGUCGCCGAAGCUUAGUCCAGACGUCGUCCGGUUCACUCUCGAUCUCACUCGUGAAGAUAUCCAAACGCUUCGUGAGAGACUCAAGAGGGAGUCCUCUGCUUCCUCAUCACCUAAAGAGCUAAGAUUGUCGACGUUUGUAGUUACGUAUUCGUACGCGUUAACGUGUAUAAUCAGAGCUCGCGGCGGUGACCCGAGCAGACCGGUCGGGUACGGAUUCGCCGUGGAUUGUCGGAGCCUUCUUGAUCCGCCGGUCCCGCCGAAUUAUUUUGGAAACUGCGUUUCCGCAAUGUUUAAAAUACCGUUAAAGGCGGAGAGGUUUAUGGGUGAAGAAGGGUUUUUAAUCGCUGCGAGAUACGUUAGCGAUUCGGUUGAGGAGUUGGAUGAGACGGUUGCGUUGAAGGUCCCGGAGGUUUUGGCAGCGAUUCAGACUAUUACACAAGAAUUGCAGGUUGUGUCUGUUGCCGGGUCGACCCGGUUUGGAGUCUACGGGUUGGAUUUUGGGUGGGGCAAACCGGAGAGAGUUGUGAUUGUGUCGAUCGAUCAAGGGGAAGCGAUUUCUAUGGCAGAGGGUAGAGAUGGGAACGGUGGAGUGGAGAUUGGCUUCUCGCUCAAGAAACACGAAAUGGAGGCUUUGAUUGAUUUGCUUCGUGGCGGAUUAAGACAUUAAAGUGCUUUUCCUUUUUCUUUGAAAAAAUUGAAUAAUAAAAUAAUCCAAUUGAGCUCGUCUUCGAUGCACUCUGCAUUAGAGCAGUUAACCUUAUUUUUAUCUAAAAAUGAUGCAAAUUCAAAGUGAAUUUGAAUUUUUGUUUUGAUAGUUCCCAACAUUUUUUCCCUCCAGAAAAGAAUAUUGUAAGUGUGUUCUUUUAUUAAUAUUAUAAAUAUUAAUUGAUGAUCAUUUAAAAAGUUGUAAUAUUAAGUUUGUACUAAUUAAAAAGAAACUAUGUUUAGGUGUCAUUGACAAUUUAGCUUACGUGGUAGUUUAAGAAUCAAUUGAAAAAAUAUUGGUUCAAAUCCAAUUACUAGAGAAAAUUAUAGGGCAAUUCUUUCAAAUAGCUAUUUUAAAGUUUUUGUCACAAAAAAAAAAAAAAAAAAGUUUUUGUCACAAAAAUAGCACUCAAGAAAUAAAAUAACCAAAAUAGCCUUUUUUAAUUUUGAAAUUUUUAAUUUUAAUUUUUUAUUUAAAAAAAAAUUGAAACCCUAUUCCCAAAACCUCACCCCUUCACUUUAAACCCUAAGUAUAGAUUAGUUAAUCUUAGGGUAAAAAUACAUUUUCACCUUUUAAUAAAACUUAUUUUGGUCAUUUUCUUUAUUGAAAGCUAUUUCUGUGGCAAAAACUUAAAAAUGACUAUACUGGAGAAUUUCUCAUCAUAUAUUAACCCAAAAUAUAAAAAACGUGUAUUUUUUCCUUAAAUAAAAGUUACAAAAUUACUUAAUAUGAUUAACAUAUAUAUGAAAUUAAUGAUUAUGAAUAUAAAGAUUUGAUAACAAUUUUUGAUUCUUUUUUUAUUUUUGUUUAAUUUUAUAUUAUACUGGAGAGAGUUGUGAUUGUCUCGAUCGAUCAAGGGGAAGCGAUUUCUAUGGCAGAGGGUAGAGAUGGGAACGGUGGAGUGGAGAUUGGCUUCUCGCUCAAGAAACACGAAAUGGAGGCUUUGAUUGAUUUGCUUCGUGACGGAUUAAGACAUUAAAGUGCUUUUCCUUUUUCUUUGAAAAAAUUGAAUAAUAAAAUAAUCCAAUUGAGCU